AUGGGGGGCGGACCCAUCACUUCCGAUGUCGUGCGCUCGUCGUGUUUUGUCACGUUUCCCGAACGGGCGCACGCCGAGCCCGUACCUGUCGACGCCUGGUACCUCUUUGCCGCCGGUCUGACGUUCCUCCGGCGCUUAGCGCGGGACCGCGUGGGCGACGCGAUGCACGUGGCGCUGGUACUGCAACUGCCGAGCGACGCAGACGACAAGACCGAGCGGCGGUACGCGUCCGUGAGCUCGAACGCAGUGCUCCAACGCGCGCUGCAAGUGACGUUUGCCUCACCGGAGAAGGCGCUUGUGCUGCACGUGAUCGACGUCGGACACGUGCGCGGCCAGCAGCGCAUCCACGUGCGGCCUGAAGCGAACGCCAAUGUGUCGCCCGAGCCAGUGGCGCCGCUGGCGCUCGUGUUCCCGACACUGGCAGUGGACGGACGCGAGACGCCGAUCGCUGUACAAGUCCCGACCGCUCGCGUGAUGAGCGAGAGCAGCGACGAGCCGUUGCGCCGGUCGAUGGUCAAGUACCACAAAGGUGACUGUGGGCGGUGGAAGACAGCUGCAGGAGCAGCGCGAGAGGGUGCGGCAGUGGACAAGACAGCGACGACGAGUAGAGAGCAUGUGGGGGGAUGGUGUGGUAUUGAAGAGAGGGAUUAUACCAAGCGCGUGCACGAGGGAGGAGAGCAGGUGGAGAGUCACGGAACAGCGAUUGAAGCUACUGAGGAGUCGAGUGGAAGACUGGUGCCGCAGGUACAGUCAGAGUCGGCUACGUGUGUGGACAAGCAACUGGCCGAUGCAAGCGAUGUGCCCUUGGCAACAGUUGUUGUGGACUCGGUUGCCAACACGGCCCAGACGAUCCCGAGUGACUAUGUGAUGCUGGAGCUGCAGACGGGUGCUGGCUUGCCGGAAGCCGCUGGGAUGGCGAGCUCGACGUACUUUAUCUCGUCGCGAUGGGCUGAACAAGCCGACGAAAUGAGUGCGUCAAUGGUGUUGGAACGACCGCCACCCGCGCGAGCAGCGCGUGGCACUGAAGGACUUAGUAGUGGCAGAAGGAGUUCUACUGCGACGCUGGAAGACUCGUUCGUGGUGCUUGAGCGUCAUGAGCUGUAG